AUGAGUACAGCGACAUCGGUUUUACGAUCUUUAUUUUAUCUUCUGAAAGGUUCCCAUUCACGCAGUACGGUGAUUAUCACAAUGGGAACACUAGUAUCAUGCCUGAUUGUCUUCACCUUGGCUGGUCAGACGAAUUCCAUGGCAUUGCAGGCAUUUUGUUCACUGUGCAUAUUCGACUUACUCUUCAUCGGUACUGCGUUACUUUCGGCGUGGAAUAUUGAAAAUCGAAAUACAAAAGUUCGUCAAAAGAUUCAGUCAAACAACAAUGAUAGUUCUACUGCACUUUUCAUUCCAACACAAACAGUAGCGACAUUCUCGUAUGGAACAGCGCGUUUUGAAGUUCUCGCUGUGUUUACAUCUACAAUGCUCUCUAUUCUUGGAGCUUUCUUCAUUCUGAAGGAGUCAAUUGAGAAAUUCCUUGAAGAUGAACCCAUACACAUUGGAUAUCUUAUGCCAGCGUCAUUCAUUACGUUUUUCAUGCAUCUAAUUGUUAUCUAUUUCGUUCCGAAUCAAUCAUUCGAUCAUGUCAUUGCGGCGAGUUCAUCGAGUUGGCUACAAGAACAUGUCAGUGACAUAUUCCAAAAUCUAUGCCACUACAUACCUGGCCUAAGUCGUUUACUCUUACCGCGUAUCAAUCCAUUAGCGCUACUCUGUUGGUGUGGGUUAGCCAUUAUCUUCUCAGAUUCAUUCUUGUUAACAAUGGGAUACGGACAUUUUGUUGAUACAUUAUCAUCAUUAUUGAUGGCUUUUAUGACGUUCGGAACAAUGGUACCGAUGGCAGUUUACAGUGGAAAGAUAUUGCUACAGACAACUCCAGCGCAUAUGAUUGGACAAUUGGAUAAAUGUUUACAUGAAGCAUCGAGACUUGACGGCGUUCUCGAGUUUCGACACGAACAUUUUUGGGCUUUGUCGUUCGGGACACUCGUUGGAUCGUUACACGUUCGCUGCCGUCGUGAUGCCGAUGAACAAUUAGUUUUAGCGCAUGUUUGGAACAAACUAGCCAAUGUGGUUCAAAUCCUCACAAUUCACAUAUUUAAAGAUGAUUGGCUUCGUCGACAAACUCAUACGUUCAUGCAACCACAAGUCACUCAUCACGGUCAUAGUCAUAGUCCAUCAAAUAAUCCUUCUUCAGCAUCAGCUUAUAAUGGUUUCGUUGUUGUGACGUAA